AUGGAUUUAAAGCAGAGACGUUGCUUGAACGGCAAGCAGAUGGCUGAGCGGCCUAGUUCUCGUCUACACACGCUGAAUGAUGGUGUACAUAUACCUGCUGAAUACAGGCACAUACCUAGACACACCAAAGAUGCAGACGGAGCACAGAGAAGCUCGAGUGCUGCGGGAUCGCCCUUCGUCAACCCAACCUCGACUCUCCUUCAGAACCUGAUCAAUGAACAACGCGCCUCCCGAGGUCCUCGAGCCAGCUCGGCCUGUGAACACCACCAGCAGCACGUCGAAAGCGGCAGCCCUCCGGCCUCCAACACGGCUGUAAACUCCGACCAGCUCGAGGACUCACCCUCGGAGAAGCAGCGCAAGAUAAACAAUGCAUUGUCAGCUGGUCUCAAACAGCCUCGCGAGAUGGGGUUCAGGGAAAUGGACCAGUAUGUAUCCAAAUUGAACAAGCUCAAUUUCGACUUGAAGCUCGAGGUGUUCCACCGUGCACAGCAGGUAGCUUCCCUGGAGAAGAAGCUGGAGAAAAUGCAAGAACUAGAAGACCAGGUCCAGCAGAUGGAGCUCAUGGAUCAGGAAUUGCAGGAGCUUCGCGCCACAGAGGAGGAUAACCAACGUCUCAGAGAGUCAAAUGAAGAACUCAGAUCAGAGCUCGACAAACGAGACCAGGCUGUGAACGAGGCUGUCGAAUUGAUAUGCCAGCUGGAAGCGAAACUAGAGGCUGUCGAGGCCCAGAAGGAAGAAGAGGACAGGCCCUCAACCGCCAGGCCGUACUCUAGUGAUAGUACCGCUGCUGUCUUCGCGAGCGGCUCGCCCAAGGCUCUUACGCCCAAGAACAAGAUCAUUCUAGAUGUUCCCGAGAGAACUUCUUCACGCAGAGACGUACGGCCUUCGAGAUCACGCAGUGUCUCCAAUCAAGUUCAGGCCCAGCUUCAGACUCCUACUGCGGCCUCUAGACGGCCACAGCGCCAGCCUUCGUUUCUUCGUGGUGAAGAUGAUAGUACCAGCGUGCUGAGAAAUGUAUAUAUGACCGAUGCUGCGGAUAGGUCGCGAACAACGUUCAAUGCCUUUUCUGCACGAGGGACCGUCUUAUCGGACGACGGCACUCACGAGAUCGAGUCUCCCAGAUUGAGCGCCUUGAGUGAAUGCAGCUAUCUGGACCCGCCACAGAGUCCAUCAGACCCAUAUGGACCCGGCCGCUCCAAGUUAAAAGUCAAUACAAACCACCCGGCCGCAACAAUGGCAGUGGAAGACCCUCCGUCUCCUCUGGAACUCGCUCACAACGCAUCUAAACCCCCAACUAGCCUCUCCCGUAUCGAACAGUGGAUGCAGCCUAAGGACACCGAAAUAGCCAGGCUGUCCAAACCAAAGGAGAGCAAUCUUCCGGCGGAUACAAUUCUACGGACGCCAACGAACAACCAAUUUGGUUUGCCGGGGGCCAAACGGCCUUCAAAGGCGUACAACUUUGACCAUCCGUCUCUAGUCAUUCCGCAGUAUAACGCUGCCAGGCUCCCACCCACGCCAGAUACAAUGAGCACUUCAUACGCUGACUUGCGCAACAAAUCAAACACAAGUAUCAUUGCCGAACGAAGCAGAUACGAUAGGUCAAUUACUAUCGGCCGCACACUCUCCAUUGACCGGACACUGGGACGUCGUCGAUCAGCAAACGAUGUUACAACUACACGGCCUAGCACUGCAGAGACCGUCCUUUCCGACGGUCUAGAGACAUGGAGCGACUCGACUCAGCCGCCCUUUAUCACGGACGAAGAAUAUCAAAUGGCAAGCAUGUUCCCAUCCUUUGCUUAUACCCACCGUCCAUCUACCAGGCCUUUCGACCCUGUCGCCCAUGCCGGCGCUGUCAAUGAGCUAGGUGUAAUUAUACCCAAAAACAGGAACCGCCAGGUACAUGAAAGACCUUCCCAUGGGCAAAUUCGAAAGGUCUCAAAUGCUCCCUCCCUCACACCUGAAGAUUGGCUGGAAGCUGCAUUGCCUGCUUCUUCCAACGACGGAGAUACCACACCAGGCCAACAUAAGCCUUCAGAGCCAACAGAUCAUCAAGAUCCAGAAGAUGUACAGCAAACACCGCCGAACAAUGGCUUCCGCAACCGUGGUGCCCGCGUCUUUUCUGAGCUCCAGCCUCGUCGACGCCUCAACUUACGUCCUCCUUUCUUCAGCCGCACCCCGGCUCAUUCUCCUACAAAUGCAGUAAGAAGCAAUUCCAUAGCAGGCCUUACACCCUCCUCCACCAAACAUUCACCGGUAACUGCAUCUGGAACGCUUCUAAACGAGCAUCAUCAUCAAACCCCCUCGCCCAACAUAGGAGGCACAGCUCGCCGACCAAGAACUUCAGAAGCAAACGAGCAUAAACGACGUAGCUCGCAUAGUUUCUUCGGCUGGAUAAAAGGAUCUACUACCGCCAAGGAAGCUGACCCAUCCCAAACUCCACCUGCCACAGCUACUUCUACAAUGUCAGCAUAUGCACAGUCUCAUGUGGAGCCGCAGCAGUCACAUACACAAAUGCAGAGAAUACCCGUUCGAGGAGGCGCUAGACCCGGCUCAGCACUCGCAUUUACCAAUGAAUUCUCCAGUUCUCCUAUAGAUAUGGACCCUCUCUCUGCCUCCAUGCAUACGGUCGAGCCAUCCGAUCGACGCCCGCGCUUUUCUGUCUCCGUCCGACGAACUCGCAAGUGA